AGUUAGGGGCCUGACUCCCCGGCGACGAGACAAGAUGGCUCCUCCGGUCCGCGCCGCAGCUACCGUCCCGGCUGCGUCGCUCGGCCCGCCCCCGGUACUGUUUCUUUAAAUGGCGGAGAGGGUCAUGAAAGCAGGAAGAGAGGCGCGCGCUCUCACGUGACAGGGGCGGGCCCGGCUAGCAAGAUCCGGUCAUGUGGAGACCCGCUACCCGCCAAUCAGGAGGCGUCGCAUCAGGGCGGGGGCGGGAGGAGCUGCGGCUCUGUGAUUGGCCGAAUGCGCCGCGGAGGCCUCGGGGGCUUGGGGCGUCGGGGAGUGCGCGAGGCGGCCCGGGUUGUGUGCAGUAGCGGAGACAAAGCGGUGGCUGAGGUGGCUGAGGCGGCUGCAGCAGCGGCGGCAGAGCAGCCCUAAACGCCGAAUUCCGUGGUGCUGAGUCCUGUCAUCAUCUCAUUCAGCGCGGCGCGUGGGCGGCUGGUCUCGCGGCGGCGGCGGCAGCGGCAGCGGCGGAGGCAGCACAUGGUUCCAAGAGCGCGCUGCGGUUGUUGGGUUCCAAUUCCGUGGGGAGGGACAAAGGCAGCUUUGAGCACCGGGCAACGCCCGGUCGGGUUGUGCGCUCUCCACACAGCCCUCGUCCGAGCCUUGAAAGCUGGGACUAACUCCUCUCAGUGAGGAGGCGGCGGCCUCGGAACCCAGGCCCAGGAAGGGCCUGAGAGCCGGAGGCCUCUGUCUGAGGGAAGUGGGGGAGGGGCGUUGCCCGCCUCAGGUGAUUUGGGCGGGUCAAUUCUGAGGCAUUUUUGUGGGUCUUUGUGAGGUAAUUUGACCCACUACCCUGAGGAGAUUGGGGCGGGAGCACGCAGUAGGUUGGGUCUGGGCUUUGGAAACAGAAAUCAUCACCAGCGCUUACGAGACCAUUCAGUUGGGAGGUGGUGAAGCCGGAACUAACGCCAUAUGCACUCCAUCGACUUCAUGGCCGCCAGCCUGGGGCCUUUUUAAGAACCCUGGCAUCAUUGGUGGUGAAGAAAUGGGUGACUGUCCAGUUUCAUGACAGAAGUUGGUAAAUUUCCGGAUUGGUAAAUUUUCUGAUCGGAAAUUUAGAGGAGCAAAAAAACUUGAAGAACGUGAAGAUGGAGCAGUAAUAAAACCUCCAACUCCCAAUACCAUCUACUCCAAGACCAUCUACAUUCAACUCCUUGAACUAUCGCAACUGAAUGCUAAAGCUCUUUAAGACUACAGAUUUAUAACAGUUUUUUCCAGAAUAUUACAUCACAGUCAUUAAGAAGAUAAAAAAUUUAAAAGCGAAAUCAAUUGUAGGGUUAGACAUCUCUUAGAAUAUAUUUUGGAUAGAUACUAGGUAACCUUGUUUAACAGUAAGGAGCACAGACUUAACCAAACCUUUACUGGAAGGAAUCCUGCAAAAUCUAUUCCAUUGUAAGGUUGUAUUUCCCAGUUAGUGGGUGAAGGACUGGAGACCUCACUGCACUCAUGGCUUUCACAAAUUACAGCAGUCUGAAUCGAGCUCAGUUAACCUUUGAAUAUCUGCAUACAAAUUCAACUACUCAUGAAUUCUUGUUUGGUGCUCUUGCUGAACUGGUUGAUAAUGCAAGAGAUGCGGAUGCCACCAGAAUAGAUAUUUACGCAGAAAGGCGAGAGGACCUUCGAGGAGGAUUUAUGCUUUGCUUUUUGGAUGAUGGAGCAGGAAUGGAUCCAAGUGAUGCUGCCAGUGUGAUCCAGUUUGGGAAGUCGGCCAAACGAACACCUGAGUCCACCCAGAUUGGGCAAUAUGGGAAUGGGUUAAAAUCGGGCUCAAUGCGCAUUGGGAAGGAUUUUAUACUCUUCACCAAGAAGGAAGACACCAUGACCUGCCUCUUUUUGUCUCGGACCUUUCAUGAGGAGGAAGGCAUUGAUGAAGUGAUAGUCCCAUUGCCCACCUGGAAUGCUCGGACCCGGGAACCUGUCACAGACAACGUGGAGAAGUUUGCCAUCGAGACAGAACUCAUCUACAAGUAUUCUCCCUUCCACAAUGAAGAGGAAGUUAUGACUCAGUUCAUGAAGAUUCCUGGAGACAGUGGAACACUGGUGAUCAUCUUCAAUCUCAAACUCAUGGAUAAUGGAGAACCAGAGCUAGACAUAAUCUCAAAUCCAAGAGAUAUCCAGAUGGCAGAGACUUCCCCAGAGGGCACGAAGCCAGAGCGGCGCUCCUUCCGUGCCUAUGCUGCCGUGCUUUAUAUUGAUCCCCGGAUGCGGAUCUUCAUCCAUGGGCACAAGGUGCAGACCAAGAGGCUUUCCUGCUGCCUAUAUAAGCCCAGGAUGUACAAGUACACAUCAAGCCGUUUCAAGACUCGUGCAGAGCAGGAGGUGAAGAAAGCUGAGCAUGUAGCACGGAUUGCUGAGGAGAAGGCACGGGAGGCAGAGAGCAAAGCUCGGACCUUAGAAGUUCGCCUAGGUGGAGACCUCACGCGGGACUCCAGGGUGAUGUUGCGGCAGGUCCAGAAUACAGCCAUUACCCUGCGCAGAGAAGCUGAUGUCAAGAAGCGGAUCAAGGAGGCCAAGCAGCGAGCACUUAAAGAACCUAAAGAACUGAAUUUUGUUUUUGGGGUCAACAUUGAGCACCGGGACCUGGAUGGCAUGUUCAUCUAUAACUGUAGCCGCCUGAUCAAGAUGUAUGAAAAAGUGGGCCCACAGCUGGAAGGGGGCAUGGCAUGCGGUGGGGUUGUUGGGGUUGUUGAUGUGCCUUACCUGGUCCUGGAACCUACACACAACAAGCAGGACUUUGCUGAUGCUAAGGAGUACCGGCACCUGCUGCGGGCGAUGGGGGAGCACCUGGCACAGUAUUGGAAGGACAUUGCCAUUGCCCAGAGGGGAAUCAUCAAGUUCUGGGAUGAGUUUGGCUACCUCUCUGCCAACUGGAACCAGCCCCCAUCCAGCGAUCUACGUUACAAGCGCCGGAGAGCUAUGGAAAUCCCAACCACCAUCCAGUGUGAUUUGUGUCUGAAGUGGCGAACCCUCCCCUUCCAGCUGAGUUCUGUGGAAAAAGAUUACCCUGACACCUGGGUUUGCUCCAUGAACCCUGAUCCUGAGCAGGACCGAUGUGAGGCUUCUGAACAGAAGCAGAAGGUUCCCCUGGGGACAUUCAGAAAGGACCUGAAGACACAAGAAGAGAAGCAGAAGCAGCUGACAGAGAAAAUUCGCCAGCAGCAGGAAAAGCUAGAAGCCCUGCAGAAAACUACACCUAUCCGGUCCCAAGCUGACCUGAAGAAAUUGCCUUUGGAAGUGACCACCAGACCUUCCACUGAGGAACCUGCACGUAGACCUCAGCGACCUCGGUCACCUCCUUUACCUGCUGUGAUCAAGAAUGCCCCCAGCAGACCCCCUUCCCUGCAAGCUCCCAGGCCAGCCAGCCAGCCCCGAAAGGCUCCUGUCAUCAGCAGUACCCCAAAGCCUCCUUCCCUGGCAGCUCGGGAGGAGGCCAGUACAUCCAGGCUGCUGCAACCACCCGAGGCACCCCGAAAGCCUGCUAGCACACUGGUUAAGACCGCGCCCCGGCCCACCCCUGUGGUGCAGCCACUGUCACCAUCUCUGCUACCCAACUCCAAGAGCCCUCGGGAGGUCCCAGCUCCCAAAGCCAUCAAGACUCCAGUGGUCAAGAAGCCAGAGCCACCCAGUAAACUCUCCCCAACCACUCCUGGUCGGAAGCGGACUCUUGGGGUCUCUGACGAAGAAGAAGCUGAGGAGGAGGCUGAGAGGAGGAAGGAGAGGUCUAAGCGGGGCAAGUUUGCUGUGAAGGAGGAAAAGAAGGACUUGAAUGAGCUCUCGGACAGUGCUGGGGAAGAGGACCCAGCUGAUCUUAAGAGGGCUCAGAAAGAUAAAGGGUUGCAUGUGGAGGUGCGUGUGAACAGGGAGUGGUACACAGGCCGCGUCACAGCUGUGGAGGUGGGCAAACAUGUGGUGCGGUGGAAGGUGAAGUUUGACUACGUGCCCACAGACACAACUCCGAGAGACCGCUGGGUGGAGAAAGGCAGUGAGGAUGUGCGGCUGAUGAAGCCCCCUUCUCCGGAGUAUCAGAGCCCCGACACGCAGCAGGAGGGCGGGGAGGAGGAGGAGGAGGAGGAGGAGGAGGAGGAGGAGGAGGAGGAGGUGGUGGCCCAGCAGGCUGUAGCCACGGCAGAGCCCUCUACUUCUGACUGCAUCCGCAUAGAGCCUGACACCACUGCCCCGAGCACCAACCACGAGACCAUUGACCUGCUUGUCCAGAUCCUACGGAAUUGUUUACGGUACUUUCUGCCUCCAAGUUUCCCCAUCUCCAAGAAGGAACUUAGUGCUAUGAAUUCAGAUGAGCUAAUAUCAUUUCCUCUGAAAGAGUACUUCAAGCAGUAUGAAGUGGGACUCCAGAAUCUGUGCCAUUCCUACCAGAGCCGUGCCGACUCACGGGCCAAGGCCUCCGAGGAGAGCCUGCGCACUUCUGAGAGAAAGCUCCGAGAGACAGAGGAGAAGCUGCAGAAGCUGAGGACCAACAUCGUGGCGCUCCUGCAAAAGGUGCAGGAGGAAUCUGUGGUUCCAACCCUGGCUGCACAGCAUCCUGACCAGGAGGGCUGGAGGUGGUGCGGCUGCCUGGGCCUCAUCCCAGCCAGACCCACGGACAUAGACAUCAACACAGAUGAUGAGCUGGAUGCCUACAUCGAGGACCUGAUCACCAAGGGGGACUAAGGGGCUCAGAGACAAAGAUCAGCUCCUCUGCCCUUCAAGGCAGAGUUCUCGGGGUGGGGGGAGUGUUUUGUUCAUGGGUUGGUGGACUUACCUUGAUUUGACUCACAUGAGACAUUUGUGCUUUUGAGGGAAAAAUACUCUGAUUCUUUGAAUCUUCCUCCCUAAGUUUAUAAAUAUUUAUUUUUUAAAAGAAAAAAGAUGCUGCGCCUGCUAUGAGACCAUACAUUUUUCUUUUGGUGACUCUUGGGCAAAGGACAGAGAACCAGGACGCCAAGCUCCUUCUCUUGGCUCCUGGCUCCUCAAGAUAUGGUAAACCCAGUGACAUCCAUAAGUCAGAGAGGCUUCAGGGGCAGGGCUUAGCUCUUCUAGAGGAUGAACAGUGUUGAUAAGGGAAAGAGCCCUCCAGAGUUGUGCUUCUCCUAGGGGCUCUGAUCUGGGGGACCCCUGGGGGCAGUGGAUCAGGAUAGAGGCUCAGUGCUGAGCAGCUCCCUUCUCAGGUCAGGGACAUGAAUGCUGGCCCAAGCAGCUGUCAGUCAUGCUGUGGCAUUGUCCAAACAGCUUGGGGAAGAAAGAUCCUCCCAUUCAAUUCCCCCAUCCACCGUUCAAGUUCUCCCUGUGGCAGUGAUUUCCUCAGUUAACUAUGGAUAGUGAGGUUUCCCACCUCAAAAACUUGAGUCCAGAUUGAGUAGUAGAUCUGACUCUAGUGGAGUACACACUGAAUGAAUGUUUGAAUUCCAAAGGAUUCUUUUUGAGAAAGCUCCUUAUGACAGAGCCCCUGGUGCUGAUCUGGUGAUGACCUCUGCCUGUGGGUUUGGCAGGGUCUGGAGGGAGCACACUGCCUCAGAUGGUGCUGGCUGAUCUGGAGAGCCUGCUGCUGCUGUUUUUACUGUUUCCCCUCUGCCUGGCCUCACCGGUCCCUGCUCUAGGCCAGAUAGGAGAGGGGGUCACUGAGCCACACGGACUCCAGAGGCAGCUUUGUAGGAAGCACACCAUGCCUUCCCUCCCAUCUAAUCACAGCCUCACGCAGCUGUGUCCUUCAAGUGACUUCUCAGGGUCAAAGACAAAGGCAAGAGUUGCUGUUUCUCUUUAGUGGUCAUUGGAAAAAUUCUGGUUUGAUUUCCCCCAACUCUCUUCUCUCUCCUCUAUAGUUGGGGACUUUGGGUUUUCUAGAGGCACAAGAACUAUGGCCUGGUACCACUGGUCUGUGAUUCAAACCUUUCUGGGUGUGUUUCUGGCAUCUACCCACUCCAGGUCAACAGUGGCCCACAUGCCACUCUGUGGCCUCUGCAGAAGACUGGGAGGCACUGGUGAGGGAAGUCUUUACCCACUUCUGCACGUGUCCAGAAGCACCUGCAAUUUGUGGGUUUGGGGCUUCCCCAAACCACAUCCCUGUGGCAGGGUUAUUUGGGGAAAUACCACUCAGAACCUGGUCUCUUCCUCUGGAAGAUUCUCUGAGCCUAGGGGUUUCUUGAGCUGGUGAUUCCUCUCCUGUCCACCUCGCUCUCUUCAUCCCAGGCAGCAUGUGGUUCAUUUUUGUCUCCAAACCUACUGUUUUAAUCUAAAGGAAGUUGGUUCUGCAUUUUUACCAGAGGGUAAUACCCAAGUUUUUUAUUUACAUACCUGUAAUCAAAAUGCAAUACUAUAAAACUUUUACUGGUGAGACUCCUGAAUUCAGUCUGUUUUCUUCUGUUAGUAAAAUCUAGCACUUCCUACUUCAUUCUUUCUACCACUAUGGUUUUAAACUGUCUUCAGAUUAUUCCUCAUCACCAUCUUUUUCUAUAUUCACCUUCCUUAACACGCACAGAAACAGAAAUGCUGAACUUCUUAAAACAUUUUAGCUUGAACUCCAUGUGCCCACUUUGCUGUUUAAAUCCAAUCACAGCUGUACUGAAUGUAGCCUGUUGCCCAGACGGAGCUCCUGCCAUUCUGGGUGGGAAGAUAAAGUGCAGGGUUCCUCCCCUUUCCAUGUGAUGGGAACUGCUUGGAACUUUCUGAAGACUUGGGAGGAGGGAGUGGUCUGGCUGGUUUGUGGCCUGAGGGUCCAUAGCAUAAUGGCUGCAAAAAGGUGAAUGAGUACAGCAUUGCUUGUUUUUUUUUUUUUUUAAAGAUUUUAUUUAUUUAUUUGAGAGAGAGAAUGAGAUAGAUAGAGCAUGAGAGGGGGAGGGGCAGAGGGAGAGGGGGAGGGGCAGAGGGAGAAGCAGACUCCCCGCUGAGCAGGGAGCCCGACGCCGGACUUGAUCCCGGGACUCCGGGAUUAUGACCUGAGCCGAAGGCAGUCGCUUAACCAACUGAGCCACCCAGGCGCCCUGGCGUUGCUUGUUUUUAAGGAAUGAGAGCAAUGGGGACUUUUAGUUUUUAAGUGACACAUGCAUAACAGUAAAAAUUCAAACAGUACAAAAGGCUGGAAGGCCUGAAAAACAAGACUCCCUUUCACCCUUGAUCCCUGUUUUUCCUUGAAAAGAAUAUCCAUGCUAAGCACACAUCUGUUCUGUUUCUGCCUGUUUCCCACUCAGUGUAUCUUGGAACCUGUUUCAGAAUAGCCCAUAUGGGUCUACUUUUUUCUUCUGCACAACCUCAUAGCAUUUCAUUGUCUUGGAUGUACUGAUGUUUAAGAGUCUCCUACUUAACAAACAUUUGGGUUAACAUUUAUGAAAAAAUGCUAUGAUGAGUGUGUGUAUUAUUAUCUCAGAUCUAUAUGUAUGUAUGGGAAAUUCCAAAGAGAAACGGCUGUGUCAAAUGGUAGAUACUAAUAUUAAAAAUACUAAGAUACAGUCCAGAAAAGACCUCCAACUUUAACUCCUACCAGCAGUGUAUUCUGCCCCCGCCCCCACCACACUUGUCAGUAUGCAGUCUCUUCCAUCCUGUGUACUAAUCUGAAAGGAGAAAAGUGAUAUAUUUUUGAGUUGGUUUGAACUACGAUUGAGCACCUUCAUUGGCCAGUCGUGUCUCUGAUGCAGUCUGUAGUUCUGAAUCUGGAUUAGGGACUUCUGUACAAAAGUGUUUACAAAAAAAGAAGAUGAUAACCAAGGGGUGAAGUCCUCAGGAAAAUGUUCACCUUGUACGACCCUUUCAGGCCCCAAGUGUCCCAUGGACAAAGGUUUAACGUGUUUGUUUACUCAAGGAAGGCAUGGGUUAAUAGUUGAGAAAAACUUUCCUGGUUCCUCCUCUAUCUGAGUGACACUACUUUUUGGCUGCUCUUAUUGGGUCCAGUUCCCCAUAUCUACAUAACUGCCUUUCAGACCUGUGGUUCAAGCAGUGGUAGCCAAGAGUUCUUAGCUCUAAGGACCAGUAAGUGAUAAAGCUCAAAUUUCUUUGCCAUUUACGUAGAAUACAGGGCUUGACUGGAGUGGGCAGUGUCUCCUGGUUACUUGUCCCUGUCGGAAGAUUGUUCUAGCUGGGCCAGGCUAUAAGGGACCUAUGGUCACUAAGGUGCUUGAAACAUCCUCAGAAUUCCACUAGAGGGUCUGGCCUUUGUUGGAGAUGGCACCGCUGAGGCUUCCUUUUGACCUCAUUGCUUUUGGUUCCCUGAACAGGUAAAUGGCCAGCUUGGCCAAGGGAGGCAGAGCUCCAAGGGAACACGCUUUCUCUGCUGCCCUGUUUGAGGCCUCAGACCGUUCUGUUCUCAGCACUAAUGGGGUCACCCUUCAUAGUGAGCAAGACAAAGACUGGACAGAGGAAGGCCCUGGCAAGGAACAUCUCACUCUGCAACGAGCCAAAAUACUGACCAGUAUCUCCCCCCCCACCCCGCGGUCUUCUAACUAGGGCUCCUGGUGGGUCCUGUAGAAUUUUCCUUCUAGCUCACAAGGCCUCAGACAAAUCAUUGCCCAUCCUGGCUUAUUUAAGCCACGAGGCUAGUUCUCCACCUUAAAUUUACUCAGAGGCCCAUAUAGAUAGCCACUAAUCUAGGGCUGGUCUGAAGCUGGAAUGGAGGUCCAAAGCCCUUGUGGCCCUGACCCUGAAGUUUUGUGUCCAAGAUUCACUGGUCCCUGCGAGCUACCUGUAGGCAUUUCACUGCUUACUCAGUGGCCCUCCGGGGGUGUUACCCCAUAGCCAUCCUCAUGGCUGCCUAACCAUUUGGCCUGUUUCAAAAGUAUCCCUUAAGGGUAGGGAGGGGCGGGGCUUCCAUCCAGCCUCCUUCGGGGCUGCCCUGUAGGUUGCCUAAGGUAUAUUCAGGCAUUCCCAGCAGUUGGCGGCCAAGGCCUAGAGAGUGGGGGAGCUCAUACCGCAGGGGCACACUUAGACCACUGAGAGAAGGAUCUGAUGGACAUGGACAUAUCUUUUCCCCCUUUCUCCUCUGGACUUGGCAGAGGUGCUUCCAUGGGAUUCGCUGGGGCCACUUCCUGCUCGAGCAACCGCCGGUUGUUUGGGAAGCCGUGGCCAGCUCUAAUUCACCACUUUGAAUUUACUGUCCCUCCCUUUACACUUUUCCUCUAACGAAGCUCUGGGCUCUCACUGCCCUCCCUAAUGCCACCUUUUAGGCCAAUCUGUCACCGGGUGUGGGGCGCUGCGGUAGGAGGAGAACUAUUAGAAGGGAAAGAGUUCUGAGUUCUUGCUCUAAACCAUCUAUCACAAUACGACAUGGGCUGGAGAACUGGCUGCAAAUUCUUACCUGGCCCAGAAGACGCGGCCAGGAUCCAGCUGCAGUCCCAUCCCGGCGCCGGCCUUCCAGCCCGCCAACCGUUGCGGGUCGGCCGAGCGCGUCCCUUACGCCAGUUCUCCAGACCCUCGAGGCGGGAACGUAACAGCACCUGCGCGAUGCUGCUGCCCGGCACGCACGUGUGCGGCUGCGCCAUGCGCAUGCGUCUGGGAACAGGACAAGCCCGCCAAUGGGGCGGUGGGGCAGGGGAGCAGGCUAGUGGGGAGGAAGCCGCGUGAGGAAACUAAGGUGCGCGAGGCCUGCUGGCUGCAGGGUCGGGAUGUGGAGACCUGGCAGCACCGCCACACCCGGCCAGACUGGGGGCAAGCUGGGGGGCGGCAGCCCCAGGGUCUUCACAUCCUAGGGCGAGCGAAAGGCCUUGGGGAUCCAAUGGCCUGCCCACACCCCAAGCAGAAAAGUGGGUGGGGUUUUUUGUUGGUUUUUUUGUUUUGUUUUUUUUUCUUCUGGCGUCUGCGUAUUAAGCCCGAGUUGUUUUUCAACUUUUUUUUGGCCACUACAGAAAGCAUUUUGUAUAGAUGACUUUGCGGUGUGGUGCUUUUAUAUCUGCAAGAUAAAGGACCUGGAAAGGAAGCUGCAUGUUUUAUGUCGUAAAAUAGCCAUCUCCAGGUAAUUUUCCUCGAAGGUCUGGCCUGCUUGCCAGCCUGUCAGCCUCUCCCAGGACUGAGGCAUCUUGUGUCUCACAACCUUGGCCCAUUUUCUACUGGUUUGUCCUUAGCUUGGUGUAUGGUGUUACUUGAAAGGUAAACACUUAGGAUUUGGGGAUUCUUAUCAUGCUUAGGAAAACCUCUCCCUUCCUCUUCAUUGCCUUCCCCCCAAAUUCUCUUAUGUUUUGUUGAAAUAUUAAAAAAAAAAAAAAAAGUGUCCACUCCCUGUGGAAUUUUAGCUUAAGCAGUAAGGCAAGAGUCAAGCUUUGAUUCUUCUUUCAGAUGGGAAUUCACUGUUUGCCCCAUUUAUUAAGUGAACAACCUUGGUCAUUAUAUUCCAUUCUAUUUGGUGGCUCCUUGGACGUGUCAGUGAAGACGUCCUGUUAUUGGUUGGACAGGUGAUUCUGAUGUGAGGAGUGGGGUCCCAGCUGAAACUAGAAUUUUGGGCAUCAGGAGCAUCUAGAUGGAUCAAUCUCCCUCACUGUUUCUUUCUUUCUUUUUAAAAAUAUUUUUCCAGGCUAUUCUUAGAACUUAUUGUUAAGUGAAAUUUAUUUUUUUAAGAUUUUAUUUUUAUUUAUUUGAGAGGGAUAGAGAGUCGGAAGGAGGGGCAGAGCAGGAAGGAGAAGCAGACUCCCCACUGAGCAGGGAGCCCAGCGUGGGACUCCAUCCCAGGACCCUGAGAUCAUGACCUGAGCAGAAGGCAGACGCUUGACCAACUGAACUGCCCAAGCGCCCCUGUUAAGUGAAAUUUAAGAUCAUGUUACCCAGUUUUUCCCCAUCCUUGCCAAAUAAAAAAGUUCCAUUGUGAUUUAAAUUAUAAUUGCAUUUAACUUAGAUGUAAAUUAUGGGAGGUUGACAUUUUUAUGACCUUAAAUCUCCCCAGAGGAUACAAAGUGGUUUUUCAUUUGUUUGACUCCUUUUAGUCCUACAAUAAGAUUUUAUAAUUUCUAUAACUCUCUCAUUUUUUUCUGUUACGGUUUUUGUCAGUAUUGUGAAUGGGAUAUUUUUUCCAUCUCUGUUCCUGAUUAUUAAUACAGAGAAAAGCAAACAAUUUAUUUUCUAUGUUAUGAACUCUGGUAGUUUUAAAAAUAAACUUAUUUUUUUUCAUAGAUGCAAGCCUUAAAUUUGCCAGUACACCAAUUUAAUUGCCAUUUUAUUUUUUAAAAAUAUUUUAAUGCCUUUUUUUUUUUUUAAAGAGAGUGCAAGUGGGGUGGGGCAGAGGGAGGAGAGAAAGAAUCUUAAGCAGGCUCCACGUGGAGCCCAUGGCAGGACUCCAUCUCACACCCUGAGAUCAUGACCUGAGCCAAAAUCAGGAGUCUGAAGCUUAACUGACAGAGCCACCCAGGGGCCCUGCUAUUUUGCUUUAGCUAGAAACGGUGCAACAAUGUUGAAUAAUUAUAUGGAUCUUGUUUCUGAUGGGUUGGAAAUCCACAUGUUAGAGUUGAGCAGAAUAUUGGCUGUGGUUUUGGUGAGUGAUCUUUAAAGUGUGGAAAGAGUUUCCAUCUUGUUUAAACUGCCAGUGUUACCUGAGUGGAGCACCAGGGGGCACUAGUUACACAGACUGAAAUGUGCGUUGGGGAGCACACAAUUAUCAGGGACACAACCCUGACUGUCAAAUCAUAUGGGUAUUUUUUCCUUUAAGUUGCUGUUUUAACAAUUAUUUUUAUUAGACAUUGUGUCGCUACAAAAGAAUACUGUAUUUAUAAAAUAUUUAUAUGGUAAGAAUAAGCAAUGUACAUUUAUCAUCUUGUUUUUUAAAAAAGCAUUUUUCUUACCUUAUAAAUCUGUGUGCCUUUCCUGGGUCCUCUCCCGUUUCCUCCUUGCCCAACAGUAACCACCAUCCUGAAUUUGAUGUGCAUAUUUGUUCUUGCUCUUUUAAAACCUUUUACCUUCCUAAAUAAUUGUUUUGUUUUGCCUGUUUUUGGACUUUAGACAUAACAUUUACUGUUUGCAACGUGCUAUUUUCUUUUCAAUAUUGUGUUCCAGAAAUCCAUCCAUGUUGUUAGAUGUAGCUGUAAUUUAUUAAUCUUCACUACCAUAUACUAUUCUAUCAUUGUUGAAUAUCAUACAGUAAUGAAAAAUGAAUCACACCUACAAUGGAACAUAUCAAUUUUUAUCCAUAUCUCUGUGACUGGCAUUUGGGUUGUUUCUAGUUUUUUUGCUAUUACAAUACAGCUGUGGACAUUCUUGUUUAUGUAUGCAUGCAUCAUCUUUGGAGUAGACUUGUUGAAUCAUAUAGGUCAUACCCCUUUCAACCUUACUAGGUAACGUCAGAUUAUUUUCAGAAGCACUUGUAUAUGUUUACAUGCUCACUGGCACUAAAUUCUUCAUUUCUCUACUUCCUCACCUACACUUGAUAUUUUUAGACUUGAAUUUUUUUGCCAGUCUGAUGGGUGUAUAGCGGUAGGUCAUUGCGGUUUGUUUAUUUAUUUUUGUCAUUGUGGUUUAAUUUGCAUUUUCCUGAUUUCUCAUGUGGUUGAGCACCUUUUCUUGUCUAUUGACCAUUUGGAUUUCUUCUUUGAUAAGGUGUUUGUUCAAGACUUUUGACCAUUUUUUCUGUUCUUUUGUUUUCUUUUUAUUGAUUUGUAUUUUUGUAUAUUCUGGAUACAAGUUCUUUGUUAAGUUAUCUGUGUUGCAGAUUUCUUCUACUUUUUGGCAUCUUUUUAAAAAACUUUUUUAUAGAGUCUUGAUGAGUAGAAGUUCUUAAUUUUAGUGUAGACUAAUUUACCAAUAUUUUUUAUUGUUUGCAUUUCUUGUAGCUUGUUUCAAGAAAUUCUUCCCUGUCAUGAAGUCAUGAAGAUACUAUUUUAUAUUAUCUUAUAGAGCUUUUGUAGUUUUGUCUUUCACAUAUAAAUCUUUAAUCCACCUGGAAUUGACUUUUGUGUAUGGUAUGAGGUAGAGCUUCAAUUCCUUACUUCUUUCUGAUUGUCCCCACAUCCUUUAAUGAAAAGUCUUACCUUUCUCCAUUAAUUUGCAAUGCUACCUCUCUUUUAUAUCAAGUGUUCCUAUAUGUGUAAAUCUUUUUCUGAAUUUUUAUUUAGUUACAUUUGGCUGUUGUCUCUGUAUGCAGUACCACACUGAUUAAAUUAUUAUCAUUUUACAGUAAGUUUUUAUAUCUAGUAGAGGAAAUUUAACCACUUUUUAUGCUUCAAGAGUGUCUUGACUAUUUUUGGUCCUUUGCAUUUCCAUAUAAAGUUUAGAAUCAUUUACUCAAGCUCCAAGAGAAAACCUGAAGGGGUUUCAUUGGAAUUGAUUCUAUGUCAUCAGUUUGAGAAAAACUGAUAUUUAUAAGUCUUCCUAACCAUGAAGAUAGUAAAACUGCCCAUUAAUUUAGAUCUUUCUUUAGUGUCUCUCAAGAAAGUAUUAUAAUUUUCCUUUUGGAGGUCUUAUAUUUUCUUUUUUUAAAAGAUUUUAUUUAUUUAUUUGACAGAGAGAGAGCACAAGCAGGGGGAGUGGCAGGCAGAGGGAGAGGGAGAAGCAGGCUCCCCAGCUGAGCAGGGAGCCUGAUGCAGGGCUUGAUCCCAGGACACUGGGAUCAUGACCUGAGCUGAAGGCAGACGCUUAGCUGACUGAGCUACCCAGGCACCCCAGAGGUCUUCUAUUUUCUUGAUUAGAUGUAGCCUAGGUACCUGAUGGUUUUUGAUGCUAUUGUAAAUGAUACUUUUAAAACUUCAUUUUCUGACAGUUUGUUGCUAAUAUAUAAAAAUGUAAUUGAUUUUCAUGUUAUUCUAAUUUAUCUUUUGAUUCUUUUGAGUUUGCUAUUACAUAUCUGUGAGGAAUGAUAAUUUUGCCAAUUCUCAUGCUUCAUGUAUUUUUCUUGCCCUGUUGCAUUGGCUAGGGCUGCCAGUACAAUGUUGAGUAUAAAGGGAAAAGCAGGGUUUUUUUUGUUUCUUUUUUUUUUUAAAGAUUUUAUUUAUUUAUUUGACAGAGAGAGACACAGCGAGAGAGGGAACACAAGCAGGGGGAGUGGGAGAGGGAGAAGCAGGCUUCCUGCCAAGCAGAGAGCCCUAUCCGGGGCUCGAUCCCAGGACCCUGGGAUCAUGACCUGAGCCGACGGCAGACACUAAGGACUGAGCCACCCAGGCGCCCCUAUUUUUUUGUUUCUUAUCUCAUUGACAAAGCUUUCUUCUUCUCCUCCCCUUCCUUCCUUUCUUUUUUCUUUCUUCCUUCCUUUUCUUCUUUUCCUUCCUUCCUCCCUCCUCCUCCUCCUCCUUCUUCUUCCUUCUUCCUUCUUCUUCUUCUUCUUCUUCUUCUUCACCAUUCAACAUAUUAAGGAAGAUUCCAUUCCUAUUUUAAAGCAUUUUUUCCUUUUAAAUAUUAUGGGUGCAUGUUGAAUUCUAUCUGAAGUGUUUUCUGCAUCCAUCAAGAUGACCAUAUAGUGUUAUUUUUUAAAAUUUAUUUUAUUUUUAUUAUUAACAUAUAAUGUAUUAUUUGUUUCAGGGGUAGAGGUCUGUGAUUCAUCAGUGUUACACAAUACACAGCACUCACCACAAUACAUACCCUCCCCAAUGUCCAUCACCCAGCCACCCCAUCCCUCCCACCCCCCCACGACUCCAGCAACCCUCAGUUUGUUUCCUGAGAUUAAGAGUCUCUUAUGGUUUGUCUCCCUCUCUGGUUCUUCUUGUUUCAUUUUUUCCUCUUCCCCUAUGAUCCUCUGCCUUGUUUCUCAAAUUCCACAUAUCAGUGAGGUAAUCUGAUAAUUGUCUUUCUCUGAUUGACUUAUUUCACGUAGCAUAAUACCCUCUAGUUCCAACCAUGUCAUUGCAAAUGGCAAGAUUUCAAUUU